UUUCCCCGUUAAACCCGUUCCGGAACCGCCACACCCUCACCAUGGCAGCGGGUUCUUCGUCGCGUGUGCCCAUCUCGAUGCUGCUGCAGGACAAGUCGAGCCGCACCACCGAGGACGAUGAGGAGCCGAAGAAAAAGUCCCGCGAGGACUGGCGCAAGGCGAAGGAGCUGGAGGAGGCGCGGAAGGCCGGAACGGCUCCGGCCGCGGUGGACGAGGAGGGACGGGACAUUAAUCCGCACAUUCCGCAGUACAUCAGUUCGGCGCCGUGGUAUUACAAUACGGCGGGACCGACGUUGAAGCACCAGCGGCCGCAGGAGGAGAGCCGGGAGUUGUCGGGGAUUGAUGAGUGGUAUCGGCGGGGGGUGGACACGAGCAAGUCGGUGACGAAGUUUCGGAAGGGGGCUUGCGAGAAUUGUGGGGCGGUUACGCACAAGAAGAAGGAUUGUAUGGAGCGGCCGAGGAAGGUGGGGGCGAAGUUUAACGGGGGGAAGAUUGCUUACGAUGAGUUUGUCCAGCCGAAGAUUGUGUCGGAUUACGAUGGGAAGCGGGAUCGGUGGGCGGGGUACGAUCCGGCUAAUCAUCGGGAGAUUGUGGAGGAAUAUCAGAAGAUUGAGGUGGCGAAGAGGGAGUUGAGGGCGCAAAAGUUGAAGGAGAAUCCGGAUUUGGCGGAUGAGGAGGAGGAUGCGGAGGACGAGGACAAGUACGUGGACGAGGUGGACAUGCCGGGUACGAAGGUGGAUUCGAAGCAGCGGAUUACGGUGCGUAACUUGCGUAUUCGUGAGGACACGGCGAAAUAUUUGAGGAAUUUGGACCCGAACUCGGCGUAUUACGAUCCGAAGACGCGCUCGAUGAGGGACAAUCCGAACCCGAACCUGCACCCGGAGGAGACGGACUUUGCCGGGGAGAACUUUGUCCGUUACAGCGGGGACAUUCAGAAGCACGCCCAGGCGCAACUGUUUGCUUGGGAGGCCCACGGCAAGGGCGUUGACGUGCACGUCCUGGCGGAACCGACCAAGCUGGAACUGCUGCAGCAAGAGUACGAGAAGAAAAAGGACCAAUUCAAGGACGCCAGCAAGAACAAAGUGGUUGAGCAGUACGGCGGCGAGGAACAUCUGCAGGUCCCCCCGAGGGCACUCCUACUCGCCCAAACGGAGAACUACGUCGAGUACAGCCGCUUCGGCAAGAUCAUCAAGGGCGAGGACAAACCCAUCAUCCGGUCCCGCUACGAGGAGGACGUCUUCGUCAACAACCACACCACCGUCUGGGGAUCGUUCUGGCGGGACGGCGUCUGGGGCUACAAAUGCUGCGAGUCCACCAUCAAAAAUUCGUACUGCGUCGGCGAAAACGGCAAAUCGGAACCAUCCGAUCAAGUCGCCGGACCGUCCCGAGUCGCGUCCGACUAUCGCGCCCCAGAACCCACCGGCAAACAACCCGACCAACAGCAAACCGCCGUCGCCGCCGCCGCCGCGGUAGAUUCCAGCAGCAGUUCGAGCAGCGACUCCGAUUCCGACUCCGACUCGGACUCCGAGGAGGAACGCAAAGCGAAGAGGAAGGCCAAGAAGUUGCGCAAGAAGGAGAAGAAACGCAAGCGCAAGGAGGAGCGGAAGCGUCGCAAGCAGGCGGAAGCGGAAGAGCAGGAUAAGCUGAAGGUGGCGUUGAGGCAGGAGGAGCGGAACCAGGCACGGGCGGAGCAGUUGCUGAAGAUGGAUGAGCGCAAGCGGCCGUACAAUAGUAUGUUUGAGGUGCGGGAACCGACGCAGGAGGAGAUGGAGGCGUUCCAGAUGAAGCGGUGCCGGGAGGACGAUCCGAUGAGGCAGUUUAUGGAUAAGUGAAGGGGGGUUUUGGUGAAUGGUUUUGAAUCUGGUAAUAAAUGUG